AUGUAUGCAAAAAGCUCAGGUACGGCUGUCACCAGCUGUGAUGCGUGCCAUGAGGACGCCACCUGCCAGGCACUUCCUGUCUCCCAGGGAGCGCUGGAGUCCCCUCAGCCUGCCGCCUUCAGCUGCAGCUGUAGGGACAGGUUUGCAGGUGACGGCCUCCUCUGCCACAACCACACGCAGUGUGAGAGCGACCCUCUCUGCUGCCCCACUGGAACCAGCUGGUCGUCGGACCACGGCUGCGUGGACGUCGACGAGUGCUCCCUGCCCGGGGACACCUGCUCCCCGCCCCUCACUUGUGAGAACACACCCGGUGCCUUCCACUGCUUGGCGCCGGCCACCGGGGGGCGCUCUGAGUCCCGCUCUGUGAUCUUCGGCUGCGGGGCCCAGGAUUGCCCCCCUGGGGAGGACUGCAUCGCCGUUGGAGGUGCGUCCAGCUGCCAGGACCCGUGCCUGCACUACACCGUCCUGGACGAGGCCUGGCGUGCCACCAACUUCACGUACGGCAAUGUGGCACUUGAAGCUAAAUGUGACUCGAGCUAUGAGUGGCAGGGAUGGUACCGUAUGUUUCUCGGGGGCUCCAGUGUGCAGAUGCCGGAGAGAUGCGUAGACAUGAACAUGUGUGGGACCCACGCCCCUCUCUGGCUCCCGGAGGGUCACCCGAAACCAGAGGAGGGAGUGCUCAGCCGACGUGUGUGUGCCCACUGGUCAUCUCGUUGCUGCGAAUGGGACUCUAAUCCAAUUUAUGUGAAAGCGUGUCCUGGAAAUUAUUUUGUAUACAAAUUAGUCGAUCCAUAUACAUGCAGUUUGGCCUAUUGUGCAGAUGUCAACACCCUUGUGUGUGGGACCUGCAAACAAGACGAAAACUGCGUGAGUGAGGACAAAGUCACGUGGUGGUGUAAGAAGAAAGAGCUGGUGUGUGGGAAGAGCAUGUUGCAGGUUGGGUUUUCUGCAAGUGAGCUGGAGUCCAGUGGUCUGGAUGUGUCAUCCGCACACCUGGCUGACAGCAGGUGCACCGGACACCAGGAGAGCAACGGCAAGGUGUGGUUCCAGGUGGAGCGCAAGGUGGGCAGCUGUGGGACACAACUCAAGACAAACGGCACCCACGCUGUUUACUCCAACAUUGUGAUAAUUGAACAAAACAUGCUGGGUCACAUCACUUUCCUCGCAUCUGUGGGCUUCCCCUUUAACUGUGCUUACCCUUUGGACCUGAAAACCAGCUUGGAAACUGCCAUCACACCCAUUCAAGUUACACAGGAGGUGGAGGUCACAGGAAGUGGCUCCAGGGCCAGCGCCACCAUGUCCCUUUAUCGCAGCAGCGACUACACAGACCCUUACUCCGUGGGUGCGGUCGUCUUGCCCCUGGGCUCCGCCCUCUACGUGGGCAUCCAUGUUGAGGAGGUGGAGUCUGGCCGGUUUGCGGUCAUCAUGGAGGACUGCCAUGCCACACCCUCUGCUUCACCUGACGACCCCGUGCGUUUCUACGUGAUUCAGAACAGGUGUCCCAUUGACAACCGGCUGGUGACAGUGGAGGAGAAUGGGGGGUCUCUUCAGGGGCGGUUCUCUGUUUACUUGUUCAGAUUUGUGGGUGAUUAUGACAGCGUCUUCCUCCACUGCAGUCUCAUUGUGUGUGACAAGAGUGAGGCCUCCUGUUCCCAGAGUUGA